AUGAGGAUAGAAGACGAGUCAAUAGACAGAAGUCAACCGGUGUCAUUUUUUGAUUCAUCGUUGAAGGAGACUCGCCGGCGGAUAUACUUCCAAUGGGCUCGCACAUUGGCAAUUCUUUGCAUCUUCGUCUUUGGCGUGUUAUCCCUCUUCUGGGGAUCCCAAUAUGGCACUGAGGCCAACUACUCGGCUCUCAAGGUCUGGGUAGUGGACUUUGAUGGCCAAGCCGAUCCGUACCGCACUACCGAUCCCAUUGUUGGCCCGGCGGUCACAAAUGUCGCCAAAAGUCUGGCCAACUCCGACUCCAUUCACUUGGGGUACACAAUAAAAUCCCCAGCAGACUUUGACUUUGAGCUUCGGGCCGUUCGUCAGGGUAUCUAUGAUGAGCAUGCAUAUGCAGCCGUGAUCAUCAACCCGAAUGCAACCACCCUUCUGCGGGAUGCCGUCUCGAAGAACAACGCCACCUAUGAUCCAACUGGCGCCAUUCAAAUCGUGAUCAUCUCUGCCCGCGAUGAAGCAACCUAUUACAACUAUGUCCUUCCCGAUCUGUCGAUUCUACAAGGAAUGGUGCUAGCGCAGUUCGGUCCACAGUGGAUCAAGGAGAUCUCAUCUAAAAAUCUCACAUCUGCGCCUCCGCAGGCCAUCAACCCAGCUAUCGGAUUCACGACCCUUGAUCUCCGCCCGUUCGCACCAGCCGUUGCCGCCCCAGCUGUGACAAUCGGUCUGAUUUACUUGAUCAUUAUUGCGUUCUUCAACUUCCCCUUCCUAAUGCCCAUUCAUGCACAAUUCAUGAAAGCCGACGGGCAUCCACCUCUCAAGGUAAGCCAUUGGCUAAUCUGGCGCAUUGCAUCGAGCAUAGUGGCAUACUUCUUUCUGUCAUUCUUCUACUCGCUGGUUUCCCUCGCGUUCCGGAUCCCAUUCAGCAAUUCUCCUGCAGACGAUACUGUAUCAGCAAGCAAUGCCAAUGCAUAUGGGCUUGGGUCAUUCGUUGUCUUCUGGAUGCUGAACUGGGUCGGUAUGGCCGCACUGGGAUUCCCUUGUGAGAAUAUGGCCAUGAUCCUAGGCUUCCCGUGGAGUUCUUUCUUCCUGAUCUUCUGGGUUAUUACAAAUGUGGCUACGGCGUUCUAUGCCAUUGAUCUUGCCCCUGGAUUCUACAGAUGGGGCUAUGCUUGGCCGUUACACCGGAUUGUCGAGGCCCUACGAACGAUCCUGUUUGGUACUCAUUCACGCAUUGGGCUGGACUUUGGUGUGCUGUUUGCUUGGAUUGGGUUGUCGCUGGCUCUUUAUCCUUUUGCGACUUAUAUUAUGCGGUGGAAAAUGAAGCGGGGGAUCUGA